UUUUACGUAAUGACAUCAUCGCUAAAGGCCCUCCUUGUCAGCUGUGACUCGAAGGUUUUUUCAUAAUCGCUUAUAAACAUUAAUAUUCCAGAAGGAGGCCACACCAUGGAGAGCAAUUCUACACGAUAUAAUGUUCAAUUGUAUAUUUAUGAUUUAUCACGGGGAAUGGCACGUAAUCUCAGCCCUAUCAUGCUAGGAAAACAACUGGACGGUAUAUGGCACACAGCCAUAGUGGCAUACGGGGAUGAGUUCUUCUUUGGAGGGGAAGGGAUCUCCAGCUGUUCGCCUGGUGGAACAAUGCUGGGACCCCCUGACACAGUUGUGGAACUUGGUGAGACCGAAGUCUCGGAGGAGAUCUUCAUGGAGUAUCUCUCAUCUUUGGGAGAAAGCACUUACAGAGGUGACAGGUAUCGACUGUUUGAGCACAACUGCAACACGUUCACCAACGAGGUGGCUCAAUUCCUGACAGGCACGCCCAUCCCUUCCUACAUCACUGACCUCCCGUCUGAAGUCCUCGCCACACCGUUUGGCCAGAUAUUGCGACCCAUUCUGGACUCCAUCCACAUCGCCCCGCCGGGAGGCAACGUCAUCAACGGAGGGAGAAACAUCUAAAACACAGAGAGAGAGAGAGAGAGAGAGAGAGAGAGCAACGAACACAUAGGCUCAAUUCCAUUGGAGUCGGUCAGCAAGUGGUCUCAAAUAAAGAUCCCGUGCCCGUUUUUAACGACGACACCCGGUGCCAUAUGUCUUCGGACGAUAAGAUGAUAAGAGUAUGUAUGUUUCACGACGUUUACUUCACCAAGGUGCACCCGCACAAUCCAAUCCAAUGCAAGAGAAUUCUGCCUUUACAAGCUUAAUGCGUAUUAUUAUGGUAGUACGUGCGGUGGUGUACUGCAUCAUACAUUAACAGUACCUGUAUCGGUUUGUAUAGUUAAUAUACAAUUUGAAUUCAAGUACAAAAUAUCAUUCAGAGUUACACUUGCUGCUGACGACAAUGGAAGACAUUUAUUUCAGAGACAUCUUUAAUAUAUAUCUUUAUUAAUAUAUUGUUUUAGCAACAAGAACCUUUUCAUGUCCGUACCACUUAUAUUAUAUUUCCUGAUUAGUCCCCCUCCAUCACUCGUCCUUUUGUACCGUUUCAACCCAACAUUUGUCGCCUUCUUUUACCUUUCUACAACAUGACCAUUCCAUUUGCCGAACUGUUGUUUACAACGUAAGUCACACCACAGCAGGAUGAACUGGAAACAUCAGCUCGUAACCGCUUACGGUUCAGCGUUUAGUCAUCAGAACCCCUUCUUUCUAUCUUUCUAUACCGGCGUGUGUGUGUGUGUAUGGUACUUCACGUCCGUGCCUUCAUUUCCCUCUGCUUUGCUACUAUAAGACUUGACGUGAAGUCUCGUAACGCUUUCCUCACGUGUAGAUACAGUCACCUAUAAGAAUCCCGGUGCCGAGUCAUCUAAUGCCACUAUACAGAGAAGGCUUGAUUUGUAAAAUAUAUACAAGAAACGGGGGGGGGGGGCGAGGAUGCGUUCGGACGUCAUUGUGUAAUCAAACUGAAGGACGAAAGAAGCACAGAACCGGCAUUGAUUCUUAACUCCACCUUGCAGGCAGCCAUCGACAUUUUUGCACUCAAUAGCAAUUUAUUUAUUUUAAUCUCUCAUGCACUGAAAUAAUAUCAAAACAUGAUAUUUUGUGACUUCCCCUUUCAGUCAAUUAACCUUCCAUAUAUAUAUAUAUAUAAUUUGACACGGUAACCACACCCAUGAAGUGUACCGGUGAGCAAAUCUUCAUUUCAUCACUAGCUUCCUCAUAUCCUUUCCCACACGAGAUGUAGUUAUCAUAUUGUUAAUAUUGUUGUGUAUGUUUUUGUAAUUUGACCAACACAUAAAGCCAUUCAUUGAUUA